AUGAAGUUGAGAGAAUCCGCGAAUGACAAGUCAACGUUGUUUAAAGUGAAUAAAUCGCCAUAUCACAUGAUUCGAGAGGCGAAUAUCCCAGACUCAACACGAAAUGCCCAUUCAUCUUCACAUUCCAAUGAAGACACAUCGGAUCUAGACUCUAAUCGUGAACGGAUUGAAUUAUCUGAUUCGAGUUCUCAUUCAAAUGAGCAGAAAGUGGGCAAAUUCAAUAUGAAAUUAUCAGCUACUAAACAAAAGGUGAAUAGGUUCGAUGCUGAUAAGAACGAUGAUGACAGUGAUAGGAAUGUUGUUACGGAUAGCAGCGAUUACGAUAAGAUCAGCACAAUUCUUGGUGCAGCAAUGCUGCCUCCAAUGGAAGUGCAUAAACCAGCCAAGAUUUAUUCAUCGAAAGCCAUCAAGAACUCAUUUACUGUUGAUAAUAAUGUUCGUCGAUCACCCAGCAAAACAACUCAUAAUCCGGUUUGUUUCUAUUGA